CGGCCAUGCCCAUAUUUAGAAACCACGGCUGUGCUUAGGAAGCAGGUGUUAGCUGAGCCGAUGACCCGGAUGUGCAUCUGCUGUACGGUCCGAUAUCCCGGAAGCACUCGGCUUUUGGCUUUCUUUCCACAGCCAUCUUGGAUCUAAACUCCACACAAAAUGCCCGGUGAAGCCACAGAAACUGUCCCAGCUGCAGAGCAAGAACUGCACCAGCCCCAGGUUGAGAGUGCUCCGUCUCCCUCUGCACCUGCAGAAGGGGCAGUGGUAGCUGAGGCGAAAACUGCCACCCCGAAUGCCAAGGUGGCAAGUGAGGCUUCUCAGACAGAUGCGGCAAAGGCUGAAGCCGCUGGGGAUUCAUCGGACUCCAAACAAGGAGUCAUAAAAAAGAGAUCUUCAGAGCCUGCUAAACCUGGAAAGGUAAAAGCAAAAGCUUCAGAGACUAGCCCCAAGUCGGUAGCAGCAAAAGGAAAAUCUUCAGUGCAUAGGCCCAAAUCUGGAGAGGGAAAAGUGUCCAGAACCAAGUCGGAAGAGAUGAUAGCUGCCGAGCCCAGCCCCAAGCCCGCAGAGGCCAAGGCUUCCGAGCCCAGCCCCAAGCCCGCAGAGGCCAAGGCUUCCGAGCCCAGCCCCACGCCCGCAGAGGCCAAGGCUUCCGAGCCCAGCCCCACGCCUGCAGCGGCCAAGGCCUCCGAGCCCAGCCCCAAGCACUCAGUGGCCAAAGCAUCCGAGCCCAGCCCCAAGCCCGCAGUGGCCAAGGCCUCCGAGCCCAGCCCCAAGCCCGCAGUGGCCAAGGCCUCCGAGCCCAGCCCCAAGCCCGCAGCGGCCAAGGCCUCAGAGCCCAGCCCCAAGCCCACUAAGGCCAAGGCCUCCGAGCCCAGCCCCAAGCCCGCAGAGGCCUCCGAGCCCAGCCCCAAGCCCGCAGAGGCCUCCGAGCCCAGCCCCAAGCCCGCAGAGGCCUCCGAGCCCAGCCCCAAGCCCGCAGAGGCCUCCGAGCCCAGCCCCAAGCCCGCAGAGGCCUCCGAGCCCAGCCCCAAGCCCGCAGAGGCCUCCGAGCCCAGCCCCAAGCCCGCAGAGGCCUCCGAGCCCAGCCCCAAGCCCGCAGAGGCCUCCGAGCCCAGCCCCAAGCCCUCAGAGCCCAGCCCCAAGCCCGCAGAGGCCAAGGCCUCCGAACCCAGCCCCAAGCCCGCACAGGCCAAGGCCUCCAAGCCCGCAGCGGCCAAGGCCUCCGAGCCCGGCCCCAAGCCCGCAGAGGCCAAGGCCUCCGAGCCAGGCCCCAAGCCCGCAGAGGCCAAGGCCUCCGAGCCCGGCCCCAAGCCCGCAGCGGCCAAGGCCUCCGAGCCCAAGCCCGCAGCGGCCAAGGCCUCCGAGCCCGGCCCCAAGCCCGCAGCGGCCAAGGCCUCCGAGCCCGGCCCCAAGCCCGCAGAGGCCAAGGCCUCCGAGCCCGGCCCCAAGCCCGCAGAGGCCAAGGCCUCCGAGCCCAGCCCCAAGCCCGCAGCGGCCAAGGCCUCCGAGCCCAGCCCCAAGCCCUCAGAGCCCAGCCCCAGGCCCGCAGAGGCCUCAGAGCCCAGCCCCAAGCCCGCAGAGGCCAAGGCCUCCGAACCCAGCCCCAAGCCCGCACAGGCCAAGGCCUCCAAGCCCGCAGCGGCCAAGGCCUCUGAGCCCGGCCCCAAGCCCGCAGAGGCCAAGGCCUCUGAGCCCGGCCCCAAGCCCGCAGAGGCCAAGGCCUCUGAGCCCGGCCCCAAGCCCGCAGCGGCCAAGGCCUCCGAGCCCAAGCCCGCAGCGGCCAAGGCCUCCGAGCCCGGCCCCAAGCCCGCAGAGGCCAAGGCCUCCGAGCCCGGCCCCAAGCCCGCAGAGGCCAAGGCCUCCGAGCCCAGCCCCAAGCCCGCAGCGGCCAAGGCCUCCGAGCCCAGCCCCAAGCCCUCAGAGCCCAGCCCCAAGCCCGCAGAGGCCUCAGAGCCCAGCCCCAAGCCCGCAGAGGCCAAGGCCUCCGAACCCAGCCCCAAGCCCGCACAGGCCAAGGCCUCCAAGCCCGCAGCGGCCAAGGCCUCUGAGCCCGGCCCCAAGCCCGCAGAGGCCAAGGCCUCUGAGCCCGGCCCCAAGCCCGCAGAGGCCAAGGCCUCCGAGACCAGCCCCAAGCCCGUAGAGGCCAAGGCCUCUGAGCCCAGCCCCAAGCCUGCAGAAGUAAAAGUGAAAUCUUCAAAGACUGUCUCCAAACGUGGAGAAAAGAAAGAGAAAACUGCAGAGCCUAGCCCCAAACCAAGCACUGCUCCAUCUACAACUGACAGAACUUCCCAAGGAGCAGCUCCAGACUCCAUUUCAUCUGAUACUGUAGCAGCACAUAGUCUUCCUGUUGCUGAUGUUCAGAGCCCAGCAAAUAAAACAGAGGGUAUCUCCCCUCAGCCUGCUGCUGAGCUAGGUGUCCAAAGCCCUGCAAAAGUGCUAACUCCUUCCCCACCUUUACCAACUCCAGAGCCUGUUUCUUCUGCUCAGACUGAUUCUGUUUCCUCACCCCUUGUCCCCAAAACAUCUGCCCCAUUGCCUCUUACUGUGGAAGAGGAGGAACUGCCCCCUUUGAUUCCCCCAGAAGCUCCAGCUCAAGAACCCGACUUUCACCCUGUCAUGGUGGAUUUUGGGUCUCCUAAAGUGGUGCCAAGCCCACCAGUCAAGGAGGCUGUGUUGAAGAAUGAUAAGGGGUCUGGAACAGAGUCCGACAGUGAUGACUCUCCCCCUGAGCUGGAACAGGACACACAAACCACCACACAACAGGCACAGCUUGCAGCCGCUGCAGAAAUAGAUGAAGAGCCAGUAAGCAAAGCUAAACAGAGCAGGAGUGAAAAGAAAGCAAGAAAGGCUAUGUCUAAGUUGGGGCUUCGGCAGGUCACUGGAGUCACAAGAGUCACUAUCAGAAAAUCCAAAAACAUUCUUUUUGUCAUCACAAAACCCGAUGUAUACAAGAGCCCGGCAUCUGACACUUACAUUGUCUUUGGAGAAGCUAAGAUUGAAGAUCUUUCCCAACAAGCCCAGUUAGCAGCCGCUGAAAAGUUCAAGGUACAAGGAGAGACAGUCUCAAAUAUCCAAGAAAAUACACAGACUCCCACAGUACAGGAGGAGAGCGAAGAAGAAGAGGUUGACGAGGCCGGUGUAGAAGUGAAGGACAUUGAGCUGGUUAUGUCACAGGCGAAUGUGUCCAGAGCGAAGGCUGUUCGUGCACUUAAGAAUAACAGUAACGACAUAGUAAAUGCAAUUAUGGAGUUGACGAUGUGAGUGACCAGAAAAUCUCCAUUGGUCGGUGCAGCUGAAAUUGAGAUUUAUACUAUUUCUAAUUAAUAAAGUUGUGGCUUAUUGUUGGUGA